AUGCUCAUCUCUGGCAGCAUCGUGAUGGAGAUCCCCAGGAGCUUUGCCCCAUCCGUGAUGGACUUGAAGAGACAGCUGGGGCGAGAACUGCGAUGGCCACACUUCAAACUAAAGCUCAUGCUUGGGGAGGAGGAGUUGAAUGAAGAGAUGAUGCAGAACUGUUCCGGCACGCUGGACGUGACCGCAGUCUUCUUGGAAUUUCCAGGCCUGGUUCACGACUACGAUGCAGCCUUUCUCGCGGCCGUCGCUUCUCAGGAUGUUGCGGCUGCGGAGGACCUCCUCGGCAAGGCGCAGGACCCGAACUGCUUCUUUUCCCAGUUUUCGGACUCCGACUUUUCCGGUUUCACGGCUCUGACUGCUGCCAGCUUCUUGGGGAACCCACAGUUGGUGGAGCUGCUUUGUCAGGCCAAGGCAGCCUUAGACGCUCUGGACAUGCGCGGGUUUUCGGCCCUGCAGAUUGCCAUCCGCAGAGACCACACCGACCUGGUGCAGCUACUGCUCCAGUCUCGCGCAAACGCGAACCUGAACGGCACACGAGGAACUGCGCUCUUGGAGGCGGCCAGCCACGGUCGUCUGACUGCUGCACAACUGCUGCUUGAGGCAGGGGCGGAGAAGGAUCUCGGCGACUCGGAGGGGCGAAGCCCUUUGCUUGAAGCGGCCUCCUCGGGCCAUGGCGAGGUGGUGAAGCUCCUCCUCCAAGCACGAGCGAACGUAGACGAAGGGAAUUGCUGGGGCAACAACUCUGUGCUCGCAGCCGCAUCUUCUGGCAACCUUGCCAUCCUGCGCACCUUGAUAGCUGCCCGGGCCUGCUUGAACGAAGCAGAUAUCUCGGGUCGGACACCCCUUACUGCUGCCAUAGCCGCAAACCACCUGGAUGCCCUGCAGCUGCUUAUCGAGGGGAGGGCAGACGUGGACGAUAUGUACUACGGCUGGUCUGACAUACCACUUCACGCUGCAGCCGCGGCAGGGCAACUGGAGGUGGUACGCCUGCUCCUGCGCGCACAAGCCGAUGUCAAUGCAUCUCGGAGUCCUGGCAGCCGUUCCUGCAUUGUCUUCCGGGUGCAGGUGGUCAUCUUGUCUUGCUUCAGCUCAGAUAUCCAAAGCCUUGAAAGCAGAGGCAUAGGGGCAUAG